GGAGAAAAAUCAGGAUCUCAUUACAAGAGCAACUCAGCGCUUUAGAAGACUGUCAGCAUGGAAAGCCAGGGGAUUUUACGCAGUUCCCUUUAAAACGGCACGGCGAGGUUGGAAAAGCCCACCAGAGUCUGGGCAUGGAGAGUGCAAUCACGUUGUGGCAGUUCCUGUUGCAGUUGCUUCUCGACCAGAAACACGAACACCUGAUUUGCUGGACGUCCAACGAUGGUGAAUUCAAGCUACUUAAGGCAGAAGAAGUGGCUAAGCUGUGGGGACUACGAAAAAAUAAGACUAACAUGAAUUACGACAAACUGAGCAGAGCACUGAGAUACUACUAUGACAAGAAUAUCAUCAAGAAGGUUAUCGGGCAAAAGUUUGUGUACAAGUUCGUCUCAUUCCCUGAGAUUUUAAAGAUGGAUCCUCAUGCUGUGGAAAUCAGCAGAGAGAGCCUUUUGCUGCAGGACAGCGACUGCAAGAUACCUCUGGAGAGCAGAGAACACCACAAGCAUAAUUUGUCGGCCCUGAAAAGCACGAGCCGCAAUGAAUAUAUCCAUUCAGGCCUGUACUCAUCUUUCACCAUCAACUCCCUGCAAAAUCAGGCAGAUUCUCUCAAGCCAAUCAAAACAGAAAAGCUGGAGGAGAAACUGGAAGGGACCACUCCUCUGGAAGAAGUCCGAACUGUUAUAAGAUUUGUGACAAACAAAACAGACAAGCAAGUGAUGAGGCCCAUAGUGUCAUUGCCAUCAACAUCCGAAGCAGCGGCUGCUUCUGCUUUUCUAGCAUCUUCCGUCUCUGCCAAAAUCUCAUCUUUAAUGUUGCCCAAUGCAGCCAGCAUUUCUUCAGCUUCACCCUCUUCCUCCCGGUCACCGUCUCUGUCACCUCAUUCCCCCCUUCCCUCAGAACACAGAAGCCUCUUUCUGGAGUCCAGUUGCCAGGACUCUGAUUCUCUUGAGCCACUGAACCUCUCUUCAGGAUCCAAGACAAAAUCUCCUUCUCUUCCCCCAAAGGCUAAGAAACCCAAAGGUUUGGAGAUCUCAGCACCUCCGAUGGUUCUUUCAAGCACUGACCUUGGCUCCAUUGCCCUCAAUAGCCCCGCACUUCCUUCAGGAUCUUUGACUCCAGCUUUCUUUACUGCCCAGACCCCAAAUGGAUUGCUGCUGACCCCAAGUCCACUGCUGUCCAGCAUUCACUUCUGGAGCAGCCUCAGUCCUGUCGCUCCUUUGAGUCCUGCCAGGCUGCAAGGACCAAAUACCUUGUUUCAGUUUCCAACUCUGCUAAAUGGUCACAUCCCAGUGCCAAUUCCCAGCUUGGAUGGGGCCUCUUCGCCAGUGCUUCUUUCUCCAAAUGCUCAUAAAUCCUGAUGUCUCAGCAAUCAAAGGACUCGCUAACAAACUGGAUUUAAC